UAAGAGGCCUGAGCUCUGCACAUUCUCGGAUCCCUUCCAGAGCCUGGGACUCCAUGACUGGUAUUUGGAGUGAUAGCGUCCCUAACUCCAAUUCUCUCUGAUUUGCUGCUGUAGCUUCUAGGCUCAGAGAGACUGCAUCUUCCUAACAGAUAUCAGGUGCAGUGUAAGCUGCAGAUACCUGCGCAGCUGGCUCAGCCUUUAAUCAUGGAAAGAAGGCUCCUAAAGAAGGAGGUGAAAAGGCUCCUGGGCGAUUAUAUUGGCAUCAGACUUCGGGAAAAGGAGUUUGACCCAAAAGGAAGAAGGCAACUCACCUUUCUAGAUGAUAUGGCGCACUAUGACCUGGCCAUCAAUGUUGCUUUGCAAUGGCUGGAUCGCUCGGAAGACUUAACUUGGCUGGAGUGGGAAAAAGUGAAAAAGCCCUUUCGUGGCAGGCCCAUAUACCCAAACCACAGAGAAAGAGAAGCAAUGAUCUUAUCAUCUUAUGCUGGAAUCUUAAUGAACAGCAUCCCAAUCGAAGAAGUCUUUAAAAUUUACGGGGCGGAUUCUUCUGCCAAUGCUGGUGCUACCAAGGUUCCCCGAGCUCCACCUUCCCGCCUCUCCUUGCACCCUUUUGCCAUGUUAACAGCACCCAAAGCAGCAGAAUGUGCCCGCAAACAGAGUAAGCCUGCUUACUUCCAUCCGUUAGAGAAGUUUAACACAGGAGGGGGACUCACCACAUCAGGUCAGAGGUGGCAUGGUAAGAACAGCUCUCUGGUUGAAUUCGAAAGAACCAGGAGUACUGACGGCUUGACUUCCCUCUACUGUCGAAACCAGGGAAGUAUUUCUUAGACACCUUGGUAAUGGGAGCAAAACACUCAUGAAGGGAAAGAUCUAGAACUGUGGGUGGACUCCUUUUUUAAAAGGUGUUUUUGUUGUUGUUCCUACAUGUGUCUCUAGGUGUCAAGCUAAGAAGGGGAGCAACGAAUAAAAAUGCCACCAGCAGCUCUAGGAGGGAAGCAAAUGCCACGGAACAGAAAUCAUCAAAAAAGUUACCUUUGGACACACAGCCAA